AUGGAUAAGAAUACAUCAAUUCCCAUUGGCGAUAUAGAUGCACUGAAUGCAUUGAGAAAAGAAGUCCGCGAGGCCAUCCAGAAAGAUCCUUGGAACCUCGACGAUAAUUACCGCUCAGGCUUUCGCGCCGCAAAGCAGAAUCUGCAUCAGUUAUGGCUGAACGUGUCGAAUUAUGACAACUCUACCAAUUUGAACGCCUGCGAAAGCAUUUGGACUGCCAAUACUUUCAUUAGUUUCUAUGAUACUUUCCUACCCAACGAUGGAGGUCCUCGUACAUUUCAAGGAGAGGAAGCUGAAGCCGUUCUCAACAUGUUCACGUGGGCAGUCAAAAUGGCACUGCCUUCAUCAGAAUUUGCAGCCAACUUCGAUGAUAAUUUGGAGAUUACCGAAGGUAUUUACUUCCCCGCGCAAACUGGUUCAGAACUCCCCGCUAAGAAAGGCACAGAUAUUCAAAAGGCCCAAAAUGAGACUCGUCUGCGGGCAAAGCUAGCUACAGAGUUCAUUUUACAGUUAGAGAUCCGCAUGAAUCCCUGUUUCGAGGAUCGUUCUGCCACUCAGACUUCUGAAGCUAUUGUAGCCAUCAUUAGUUACCACUCGGCACAAGAUCCAUGGACGGCGGGCCCCCAAGCGGCUGAUAUUACCCAGCUGAGUGACCAGUAUCUCACUCAGGUGAUGCGCCAGAAAGAUGUGAUGGGUUCCAUUGAGAAGAUACUGAGAGAGAUCAUCAAGCCACUGUUUACCAAGACACGGAAUCCAGCUCUUACCAGCGAGGGGCGCAAGAAUCUGUAUCCUCUGCCGCUGCCGCAUUUUGACGGUAGUACUUUUGAUGACUCGGCAAAGCCUUGGAAAAAUACGAAUAUCUAUGCUACGACUGUGUUGUCGUGGAUCAUCUCACAAUAUAAAUCCACUCACAAAGCUCAGCUGGAAGCACACUUCCCUCUUUUAGUUCCUGCUCUCCUGGCCUUGAUAGAUGACAGCAAUACCUAUUACAAAGCAAAGGGCUGCCUUCUAUUAAAGGAUCUACUUAAACCUAUUCAAGAAAGCGGCUCUGAUAUUAUCGUUCGAACGAACUUGAAUUCCGUCUUCGUGGAAGCCAUUACACCUUGUCUUCUUUCUCUACCGACAAUCACACCAGAAAAUAAGUCGCUCCAAAUCCUUAGUGGAGCAUAUAAUGCCCUGCUCUCAGUAUUGAAAGCCACCUACAAGACGAAAACACCUGGAAAGACACGAGUCCAGAUCGAAAAAGACGACGAAGCCUACACCACAGCCAUAAGCAAGAUCCUGCGAACAAACGUGAUCGCUUCAUUCCACCAAAUCAGCUCUUCAACAGGCUCCAUUUCCACCUCCGCAUCUUUCCCGUAUCCCAAACUGUCAGAAAUUCUAAUGUCAUGGAUCUACGCGCUGACCAACGAACUUGGCAUCCACACUGUCAAAUAUCUCCAAGACAUCAUCCCAGUUCUAUACAGUACUCUCGCCAGUCCCUUCGGCCCAGAUCAUCCUGCAAUGAUCCUCGGGGCAAUUUUAUGUACCAAGACUGUGAUUUUGAAUGCUCACCCUCGCAUGCGCUAUUGGCGUGGUGAGAUAUUUGGUGGACUGUCUGCGUGCUGGCUCCAUGUGAAUUGGGAAGAGGAUGAAGUCGCAAAUGGAUCAGCAAGGGAUUCGGCGGUGGAAAGCAAGUGGCCUGCACUGAAGACUAAUUUAAAAGAUACAGUCACUGUCUUGAAGCAUGCUUUGCAGAAUCCUCCCCAAGUUGUUGACCAGUCUAAACCUGAGAAUGUAUUGACGGCGGAGAAAAUGGACAAGGAGUUGCAGGAUCUAGUCGAUGCGGAUCCCAAGUUGAAAGACCUUCUGCUUUAG